AUGGAAUCAUCUCAAGAGCACCUCAGAAACAUUGCUUUAGAAGGUUUCGAUUUCAUAGAGAAGUUCUACGGUCGAAGGAGCACUCCCAAUGAUGCAUUUCCUGGUCGACGUGAUGGCUUUUGGGCUAUUCAUCAAGUCCCUAAUGGCGAAAUGGAAAAGCCUACUCUGAAACCCAAAGAGGUUCCUAACUAUACCACACCAGCUUCAAAUUACCCCAGGGGAAAACCCCAGAAUCGUUGGGGUAGACCCACCAAAUUUUGA